GAGGAGUUGAGAAGGUUCCGGGGCCGUGUGGAGGAGGUGGUGCAGGAGAACCAGAAGCUACACCAGGACCUGAAACAGACAGGAGGAGUCAGCCACAAGGAGUGGAGGCAGCUCCAGGAGCAGGCCCGUCUGGUACUUCAGGAGAACCAGGUCCUGAUAGAGCAGCUGGAGGUGCAGCAUACGAAGGCAAAGGACAGUCAUGGGAGACAUUUGACUGAGGUCUCUAAGGUGUGUAAGCAGCUGAUGUUGCUGGAGGCAGAGAAGCAGAGGCUGGAGGGGGAGCUGGAGGUAACGAGGAGAGAGCUCCACACUCUGCAGACAGAACACCUGCAGGCACGGUGCAGUCUGGAGAAUGCAGUCAGCUGGGACGAACACCACGCCAUCGCCACCAAACUCAAACGGUAGCUAGUUAUAAUACACUGGGACGAACACCACGCCAUCAC